GAAAGCAGAUGAAAGACGGAAUUGGCUCCGAAGCGCGCUGAGAGAAUCAAUUUCUCUUUCAAGAGUUGAAAUCCGAUAGGGAUUGAGCAGAAAUUUUUUGAUUAAAUUCCUGUCACAGUUCGAAAUCUCCUUCUAUCUCACGCGAUAAACGCUUUUGAUGAUCAAGGUCCAAAAGUUGGAAAAUGAGCAAUCGUUACAGUAAAUCCAACUCGGGCAAUCGUUAUCAUGAAUACAAUUUGCAAACUGGAUGGAAGAGUAAUCGCUACUAUGAAUACAACAAAUCAAACUCAGGAAGUUCUAAGAAAAUGAAAGAGUUACUACUGAAAAGUGAUAACCAGGUGUGCGCUGAUUGUGAUGCUCCAGAUCCUAAAUGGGCGUCAGCUAAUAUUGGGGUUUUUUUAUGCUUAAAAUGCUGUAGCAUUCACAGAAAUCUUAGCUCUGAUAUUUCCAAGGUCUUGUCUGUGACUUUGGAUGAGUGGUCUGAGGAAGACAUUGACUCGAUGUUUGAGGUUGGUGGAAACUCUUCUGCCAAUGCAAUCUAUGAGGCUUAUAUUCCUAAAGGAAUUUCAAAACCUAAACCAAAUGCAAGCAUUGAGGAGCGCACAAAGUUUAUCAGAUCUAAGUACGAAUUCCAAGAAUUUUUGAAACCAAGCUUGCGGAUGGUUUCUUCCAAGAGCUCCUUCAAGUCUUGUGCUUCUGGAGUAGAUUUAGAUUCAUUCUACAGUCCAGCCACUUCAAGAAAUGCUGCAGAUGCAUCAAUAUCUGUUGGAACUUUGAAGGUCAAAGUGGUUAGAGGAAUAGAUUUGGCUAUUAGGGACUUCAGAUCCAGUGAUCCUUAUGUUGUUUUAGCACUUGGGCAGCAGAAGGUUCGGACUUCAGUAAAACAAAGUAAUUUGAAUCCAGUUUGGAAUGAGGAGCUGAAGUUAACUGUUCCUCAACUUUGUGGAGCACUUAAGCUGCAAGUCUAUGACCACGACAUGUUCUCCGCGGACGACAUCAUGGGCGAAGCGGAGGUCGAUCUCCAGCCAUUCAUUGCCGCCGCAACAGUAUUUGGCGACGAAGAGCUGCUUGAUGAUAUGCAAGUUGGGAGAUGGCUGAAGUCAAGUGACAAUGCUUUGAUAAAAGAUAGCACCAUCAACAUCAUCAGUGGAAAACUAAAGCAAGAGAUAUAUCUAAAGCUUCAGAACGUUGAGAGUGGAGAACUGGAGCUUGAAUUGGAGUGGAUUCCUCUGCACCCUUAAAAUUUUAUUUUGUGGCUGAUAAUUUGGAAUUCACCAAAUUGAUUUGAUCUCGUUUACAUAAAUCAAAGGUGGCUCUUUUUUUUUUUCCUCGGAUGGCUAUUUGUGUAUAUGUAUUUUUGUAGGUUAGUUCUGUGUUUAGCAGAAAGUUUCAUAUAAUGUCUCUCAUUCAUCUUUGAAUUGGAACUUCAUUAGUUUUGCAGGGUUUGAAAU